UGCUCUGUCGGAAGCUUUUCUGGUUGGUCUGUCAGGAACCGUCACCGCUGAGGGUGGUGGACAUAUAAAGGAGGGGUUCUGCUGCUGGAGACACAUUUUCUUUGAGUCUCGAUUCAAGAACAGAAAUCAGCAAAAUGAGUGGCCGCGGAAAAACCGGAGGAAAAGCCAGAGCUAAGGCCAAGACCCGCUCUUCCCGUGCAGGACUCCAGUUCCCUGUGGGCCGUGUUCACAGGCUGCUGCGUAAAGGCAACUAUGCGGAGCGUGUUGGUGCCGGCGCCCCCGUCUACCUGGCGGCUGUGCUGGAGUACCUGACCGCUGAGAUCCUGGAGUUGGCUGGAAACGCUGCCCGCGACAACAAGAAGACCCGUAUCAUCCCCCGUCACCUGCAGCUGGCUGUCCGCAACGACGAGGAGCUCAACAAGCUGCUUGGAGGAGUCACCAUCGCUCAGGGCGGCGUGCUGCCCAACAUCCAGGCCGUUCUUCUGCCCAAGAAGACCGAGAAGCCCGCCAAGAAGUAAAACACUGCUGCACCAUUUACAGCAAAACCAAACGGCUCUUUUAAGAGCCACACACUACUUCAACAAAGAGCUUUUAUCACUACUUCACUUAAACUAUAUUCAUAAAAGCCACUUUACAGUUUGAUAUAAGCAUUUAUUCUCCAUCUGUACAAUCAUAAAUAAUUGAUCAUAAGUCACCGGACAUCAAAUAUACCAAUGCACACACAAACCAUAUGCAAACUGUGUCUAUUGAAAUGCAACAGUAUAGUGCGCUCGUGUCAAAAUAGCACAGCAGUGGUUGUACUUUAUGAGGUUGUUGAGGAUAGUCAAGCUGCCUCAGAAACUGAUAAUUGACAGUUGUUCUAUUCAGAGCAUCAUAACACAUGACACACUGGUAUGGUUCAACAUCAUUACCAAGGCCGACAGAAAAGCUCUGGACAGCGUCAGGACAUUGGCACAGGAUUUAAUACAAUCACAACCUCCUCACUGUCUGACAUAUAUCAGGAUAGAUGCCGUCAGCGUUUCAU